UCGUUUUUGACAUCAGCUGACAGUUCGGAGUCGAUAUUUCGUGCAAUUUUUGCUCUUGAUUUUAGUAAAUAAAUCCAACAAAAUGGUUUUUAAAGUGUGUGGCCCUAAAUUGUCGUUGUGCGGGCUCGUCUUGAGUGUGUGGGGAAUCAUUCAACUGACUUUGAUGGGCGUGUUCUACUAUAUAAGAGCUUUAGCUUUGCUGGAAGACCUACCCCUGCCGGAAGAACACAAAGGUUUUGAUCAGUUCAUUACAGACGUAGAGGCGGGAUAUAAUCAGAAUGCAUAUAACUGCUGGAUUGCUGCUCUUCUUUACGUAAUCACAUUGCUGAUCUCCGCUCACCAAUUCUAUUUGAAUAACCGCUCCUCAGUUAGCAUGUAAACUUGAAAUGUUCAUUCCAACAGCUUACCCUUUAAAAUUGUUGCUAAAUAUCGGUAUUGGGUAUUCAUUAUUAGAGCUGUAAUGACUUGUGUAUAAAAUGAAAUAGAAAACAAUGGAGUUGGAGAUUAAUUUAUAAUUAUAUUUAUGGAGUUACAACAACUAUCCAUAAUAUAGAUUUUGAUCACAUGCUCAUAAUGCAAUACAAAUUAAAUGCAAUAAUGGGAGAAACCACUGAAAUGUGUCUUAUUGGUAAGGCAAAGACACAAUAUAACUGAAAUACAGUUUAUACAGUGGUUCAAGCUCUAUUGCCAGAUAUUUUAAUGUGACGUUGUUUUAAAUGAACUAUCUACUACACUCUUAUAAAAACUACGAAUACUUAGAAAUACUACAAUUAAAAUAAGAGAAAAUGUUAUAAAGUAGGCAUUUAUUUUCCUUCACCUAAAAUAGAGAUUUUGUUAAGUCUUAUUUAAAAAUCUACCCAAUAUCAUAAAAAAUUGUAAAACUU